AGAUAUAAGGGAGACCGGGUCCAGCUGGCCACUGGCGAGAGCUACUGGUGCCUGGAGCCAAGGUCUGGCCAGAGGACGGCAGCGGAAAGAGCGGAGUGAGGGGACCGGGAUGGGGCUGCUGCUGGUGGCCCUGGCCCUCUGGCUGGGGCUGACCUCAGCCUCCGAGGGGGUGACCAACAGCAGCCAGCUCUGCCAGGAGGCACCGGCCUGGAGUGUCAAUGGCUCGAGCCCCAUGGAGGAGGUGUCAGGGCAGGUGACCGUGGUGGCCCUGCUGAAGGCCAGCUGACAUUUCUGCCUGCUGCAGGCCCGCAGCCUCAGGGGCCUGCAGGAGAGGCUGGCCCGUCAGGGCAUUGUCGACAUUCGCUACAUGAUUGUCAACGAGAAGGCACCGCUCUCCCGUGCCAUGUUUGGGGAGCUGGAGCGCCAUGCUCCCCCGGGCGUCCCCGUCUUCCAACCAGAGCCCGAGGAGCCCGAUGUCUGGCAGGUCCUGGGGGGUGACAAGGAUGACUUCCUCAUCUAUGACAGGUGUGGCCGCCUGGCUUUCCACAUCCAGCUGCCCUACAGUUUCCUCCACUUCCCCUACGUGGAGUCGGCCAUCCGCUUCACCCACAGCAAGGACUUCUGUGGCAACUGCUCCCUCUACCUCAACACCACUGAGGAGGCUAACAGUACCAUGGAGGUCCCUGUAAGCCCAAGCCCACUUCCGGAACAAGAGGGGAAGGAGUCAGAGACCCCCAUCCACCAGCACAACCCCCUCCAUCCUCACCACCACCACCAAGUCAGCAGCGACAGAGCCACAGACCUGAGUGGGGACCACAAACCUGCUGCCCAUGCUCAAGACCACCAUGGAGAGCAUGGCCAGUCUCAUCCCAAAGGGCAGAAGCAGAAGGAAGGAAAUGAGCACUAAGCCAGGCUGUGCAGCCUUGCAGAAGAACCCCGUAGUGUGCAGACCAUGCCAGCUCGCUUCCCAGAGGCAUGAAAGGACUUGCUUUGGGCUGGUGGUCACUAUCAGCGUUGGUAUAAUAACCCCCUCCAGCAUUCUUCAUGUGGGUUGUACUCCCGUGCUAUGCCCAGGGAUGAAAAAUCUCCCUCAGACCCCUUGAGGUGCUGCGUUUUGAGCCUCAGGGCUUGGUUCUGAGCCUUCCUCUGCCAGCACCUGCCUUUCCAUGCUCAAUGAAGCCCACGGUGCAAACUGGGAGGUCCCCGGUCACUGCUGGCUGACACUGCAUGGACCGGCAGGGCAGGGGUGGAGGGGCCAGAACUGGGAUGGGAGCAGCACUGCCAGCAUGCUCUGCCAGUCCUGGCACCCGUGGGUGUCCUGGCACCUCCAGGUGUCUUGGCUGAGGAGAAAAGGGAGGAACAGCUUGUGCCCUGCAGGAUGUGAUCCCAGGGGAUGGGAGGCAUAGGAGUGUAGAAGGUCGCAGCUCCUCGCGGUCCAAACCCAGUACCCUCAUAUCUGUCACAUUCUGGGGACCCUCCAGGCCUUGCACAUGGGUAUGUGCAGUGGUGACGGGUGGCCGCAAGAUGGUGGUCUUGUCCCCUCUUGAAGAUUUAGGGGCUGUAUCCCAAGUCCACAGACCUGGGAGAAUGGGCUUGAGGAUCCUGGGGUAGAAGUGAGAUUGGAGGGUGAUGCGGGUAUUAGAAUACAAAUAAAACCUCUGUGAAGCGAA